AUGUGCGUACGCGAAAGUAAAAGUUUUCCCAGCCACUGGAUUAUUAUUUUCUUGGUUCUGGGCUUGGCCCAGGCCUUGACAGAGGAGGAGGCGGCUCUCCCAGAGGAUAUCGCAGAUCCUCUGUUCAGCACAGAUGAGGCCAAGUUCGAUUGGCCGUGGGCGCGCAACAAGACCACCAAAGGCACACCGGCGGGCCUCAAUUUGAAGAACGACUACACACAGAUGGACAUUGGCAGCUUCAGUGACUUUGACCGUCAUCCGUGCCGACGUGUCUGCCAGCAGGGCCAGUCGCAGAGCUGCUACUACCAGCUGGUGGUGCACAACUACCAGAGACUGGGACCCGAGUGCCAGCGCUGCCAGUUCGAUGAGCGGGCGUGUGCCGCGGAGCACUGCAUCUAUGGCGAUGGUGUGGCCUCGCCCGUAAUGGCCGUCAAUCGAAUGAUACCGGGUCCGUCGAUCGAGCUGUGCGAGAACGAUUCUGUGGUGGUGGAUGUGCUCAACUAUCUGGGCGAGGCCACCACCAUGCACUGGCAUGGCCUGAAUAUGGUGGGCACACCGGAGAUGGAUGGAGCGGCAUUUGUCACUCAGUACCCGCUGCAGCCGGGCGAGGUCUAUCGCUACGAGUUCAAGGCCGAUCGGGGUGGAUCGCUGUGGUACCACAGCCACAUGGGCUGGCAGCGGGGAUUCGGUGUGGCUGGUCACCUGAUCGUACGACAGUCGCGUCAGGCCAAUCAGCACGCGCAUCUCUACGACUACGAUCUGGUCGAGCAUGCGCUGAUGGUGCAGGACAUCUUCUACGACCGCGAGCUUCAGACGGUGCGAAAUAUUCUCAUCAAUGGCAAGGGCAGAAAUCAUCUGAAUCAGCUGCCGGAUAACGACAACCGACACCGCUACGAGCGUCUCAGGGUUACGCCUGGCUAUCGCUAUCGCAUGCGAGUCCUGCUCAAUGGGAUCUCCAACUGUCCCGUGGAGUUCUCCAUCGAGGAGCACAAGCUGCUGAUCAUCAGCACAGAUGGCAACGACAUUGAGCCCGUGCUGGCUGAUGGAUUCUUCCUCACCUCUGCGGAGAGAUUCGACUUUGUGCUGGAGGCCAAUCAGUUGGCCACGAACUACUGGAUCCGUGUCCGUGGCUACGAGCAGUGCGAGGGUCGCAAACUCUAUCAGGGCGCAGUGCUCAGCUAUCGGGGCGCCACACGCACUGAGCAGCCACGGGGCAACAUUUUGCCCACAAUUGCCCCACAGAGCAGAGCCCUGGAUGGUGUGGAUAAUCUGCUUAAGCCCACAAAUAGCUCCGAGCAGAGCAGAGCUCUGGAUGAGGGCCGCGUGCUGGUCAACGAUUAUCGCAUUGUGGCCACGAUUGCCGCCGGCCCGGAGGCCUUUCUGCGUCUGGCCACGGCCGAGAAGGACAACAAUGUGGGCACUGUGGCGCUGCGUUCGCUGCAGCCUGUUCCCUGGCCACGCAACACCAGGUUCCUCACCUACUACUCCAGUUUCAGUCUCCGCCGGGCACCCAAUGGCGAGCUGCUCUUCCAGAUCGAUGAGAUCUCGUACAUUCCUCCGGGCAUAUCCCUGCUGCAGGGUCGGCAUCUCCUCCAGGAGGGUGGAUACUUCUGCAAUCGGAGUUCCCUCGCCGCUCAGGGGCGCAACUGCCAGCAGGAUGUCUGCGAGUGCCUGAACGUAAUCCGUAUGCCUGCCUACCGCCCCAUCGAGAUGGUGGUGGCCAACUACAUGACCAGCACGCAUCCCUACCACAUCCAUGGCAACUCCUUCCGCCUGGUUGGCCAAGGUGUGGUCGGCAAUAUUGAUGAGCUUCGCAAUAUACAGAAUCUCGAUCGGCAGGGACGUCUACCGCGCCUGCCAGAUCACUACCAUGCGGUGGUCAAGGACUCGGUGCAGAUACCCGGAUUGGGCUACAUCAUUGUACGCUUCAUUUCCAACAAUCCCGGCUUCUGGCUGUAUCACUGCCACAUCGAGGCCCACGCAGUUCAGGGCAUGAUGGCCGUGCUCAAGAUCGGUGAGGAUCACCAGAUGAAACGAGUUCCGGCUCGUGUGCGGUGUUAGUUGUAGAAAAGUUAUUUCUCAUAG